UGCUGCGCCGCCUCGGAGGAAGACGGAGGCUGGUUCGGUGGCGCUCAGGUCGGGCCGCCCCUCCCGCUCUGGGUCCCGUCACUCUGGCGAGGGGCUGACAUGAAGUCCCAGGCUCUCGGCCUCGGCUGCAGAUUCGCGGGCCCAGCCGGCCCUCAACUAGCUUCGAGGCUAGGGCCGGGCACCAGCCUUGCAUCACCUCGGGACAGGCAGUGUGAAUGCUGAGAACAGAAGAGUUUGAUGACACAGUUCUUUGUCUGGAGUCCACGUUAUGAACCCUUUGUGGAGCAUGUCUGCAGGCUCUGUGCGCAAACGAGCUGAAGGUGAAGAGAAGACAUUAGCAGGGGAUGUGAAAACCAGUCCUCCACGAAGUGCACCCAAAAAACAGCUACCUUCUAUUCCCAAAAAUGCUCUGCCCAUAUCGAAGCCUACAUCUCCUGCUCCAGCAGCGCAGUCAACAAAUGGCACCCAUGCCUCUUAUGGACCCUUCUACCUGGAAUAUUCGCUUCUUGCAGAAUUUACGCUGGUAGUGAAGCAGAAGCUGCCGGGGGUCUACGUACAGCCGUCUUACCGCUCUGCACUAGUAUGGUUUGGAGUAAUAUUCAUACGGCACGGGCUGUAUCAGGACGGCGUGUUCAAGUUUACCGUGUAUAUUCCUGAUAACUAUCCAGAUGGCGACUGUCCACGCUUGCUGUUUGAUAUUCCCGUCUUUCACCCACUGGUUGAUCCCACCUCGGGUGAGCUGGAUGUGAAAAGAGCAUUCGCAAAGUGGAGGCGGAACCAUAAUCAUAUAUGGCAGGUGUUAAUGUAUGCAAGGAGAGUCUUCUACAAGAUCGACACCACGAGCCCCCUAAACCCAGAGGCCGCAGUGCUGUAUGAAAAAGACAUUCAGCUUUUUAAAAGUAAGGUGGUCGACAGUGUUAAAGUAUGCACUGCUCGUCUGUUUGACCAGCCGAAGAUCGAAGACCCCUAUGCCAUUAGCUUUUCUCCAUGGAACCCUUCUGUACAUGAUGAGGCCAGAGAAAAGAUGCUGACUCAGAAAAAGAAGCCUGAUGAACAGCACAAUAAAAGUGUUCACGUUGCUGGCCUGUCCUGGGUAAAGCCCGGCUCAGUCCAACCUUUCAGUAAAGAAGAGAAAACAGUAGCAACCUAAGAGAUGGCGGAUCUGGUGCACCAUGCACUUUCCUGCUGGACUCUGGCCUAGUGAACGCUGACUAAUGGCAAAGGACUGCCUGAAGAGUAAACCUCGUGAACAGUGACUGGCUAUCAGUGUUGUGUAUGCAUAGGUUCUAACAGCAGGCUAUGGAGACCUCUCAUUAAGUAAAGCAUUACUUCUAUCGGAAGUGUCAGGGUGGAUCUAGUUCAGUACUCCAAAUUAUUGGGGACCUUGAGGCUUAAGUAUUUUUCUGAAUAUGUUAGAGGUAAGUUGUGUUUACCUAAAACAGAAGACAGAGAAACGAGUACUGUGUAAUAGUUUGCAGUUGGUAGUUUCAGGUGUACAUAUAUGUUAGGCCAUGAAGAAGGGUGUAGAGAACAGACUCCAGAGUGCAGCACUUUCAAAGACUGGCUUCCCGGCUUCAGCCUGCUGACUUGCUGUAAACAUCUAUCUCAGAAGCAUUAGGAAUGUAGGCAGAACCAGGAUGCUGCUUCAUAGUUUUGUUUUUUUAAAGGCAAAUUACUGUAUUUUUAUGGCAGGAAGAAGAAAAAAGUGUUCAAACGGUUUCUGAUGAAGUUAGGUAUUUAAAUGGUGAAUGACCGAUGUGUUAGUGGAGAUGAAAUAAACCAAUAAAUGAUUGUCAUUUAUGCAGGAAAGUAAUGCUCCUUUUCAGUAUAACUAAACAGAGACUAAUUUAUAAGUGCUUUAUUGAAAAAUACACAUAUUUUCAUAUAAAAUAACAGUAGCGGUACUAAGGGUUUCUAAGUACUCUGCACAGCACUCCUCUGGUGGGCAGUGCAAGGCUGUAGAUUUGCAGCUGGGUGCUUUAGAGCAGCAUGAAGUUACUUAGUAACUUGGUUUAUAAUGAUCCAAUUUACAAUUGAAUUUUCUCUUUAGGAUUAUUAAUCCAACUUUAAAAACAACUUGACAAUAAUGAUUAAUAAAGAUAUGUGUAGAUAAUCAAUAGCUGUUAAAUAAUUUUCUAAUUUGUAUAAAUGGUACUAUGUACUAAUAAAAACCUAAAUUCUCCAACC